AUGCAAUAUUUGUCUGUCGCCUUGCCGCUGGCUGCCUUGGCCAGCGGUGUCCUGGCUAAUCCUGUGCACGGUGGUUCUUGCGCCAACAACGCCUGCUUGGCUGCUGUGACUGGCAAGGCUGCUUUGGGAGACGGUGCGCUCAGAGCCUCUCACUGCGCCAGCUUCCUGGCAACCACUGUGACCCCUAUCGUCACCGUCACCGAGACCAUCACUGGACACGGCGGUAAGGACAACUGGAAGCGCGCCACCGUUGCCCUUUGCCCCAAUGAGGUUCCCAACUACGCCAGCGCUUGCAACGAGGCCGCUUACACCAGCGCAUGCUCGUGCUUCGGCUACACCGAGGUGAAGACCACCACCGUUGCACCGACCACAACCACCAAGACCAUCUGGGUGAAGCCCACAGGUGGCUCCGGCGCCAGCUGCACAGUCGGUACUUCGACCUUGACUACCACAGUUACUGGCACCACCACCGUCGUGAGCGGCAGCACUUGCCCGGUUGCCACUUCCACCAUCACCGAGACCUCCACGAAGGUCAUCCCUACCUACAGCUCAUGCCCUGCGGCCGGCACUGCCACUACUGUCACCAUCACUCAAGGCCCAGCUACGGCUACCACCACCACAGUCACAACAACCGAGACUGCCACCGUUACGAAGCCUGGCAGCGGUUCUACGCCGGACACUCCCUCGUCUUGCGUUGUUGACGAUGCUUUGGCCACCACAUUGGUCGAAAACUUCAUGAUCCUGCUCGAGUUCACCUCGUACAACGGCACCCAAGGAGCACCGGGCCGGGGUUACCAACAGAACGUCUCCGACGCCACUUUGGCAUCCGACUUCAGCGACAUUUCGGACUCGAUCAACUUCAUGGCUGGCUUCCCUCUUGGCUCUGUCACCUUCCCUAGCAAGCAAGCUUUCGACUACGGUCAGGGUGUUCUCCAACCCGAGGUGGCUGUUACCGCUCUCAACAUCUGGCACGACUGCAACACCAUCACCUGGAGAUGGAGAAUCACCUCGACUCGCUUCCCUGUCAAUGGUAUCAACCAUAUGAUCAUCAACAGCGAGGGCAAGAUCCAGAAGAACUAUGCUGAAUUCGACAACGCUGCUUGGCUCCAGUCUUUCGGCCUGUCAUGCGCCACCAACCCGCCCAGCGUGGCCAGCUCUGUUGCCCUCCGGGCCCGUGCUCUCGGCCUUGGCAUGUAG